AUGGUGAUAUCAUGGAGAUGGCAUUUCCCAUGGCCCGAAGUCCAUUUAAAGCGGGACAGCGUCGGAUUUUCGAAAUGGUUCUCAGGUGAUGGGCUACUGGACGUUGCAGUUAAUGAAGUGAGGAAGGAUUGA